CGCAAAUCUUCACAGACUCGCUGAUAUUGAAGCCAUUGAAUACACCUCGGUAUAAGCACACAACUCGCUACCAAACCACUAUGUCUACAGAAACCGCCACCCAAAGCCAACAAAAAUUUGGCCUUUCGAACGAUAUCGAACCACCUCGCGGCGAAACCAAAGCAACCCUCACAUUCUUCGCCCCUCCCGCAGACGGAGCACAACCCUACAAUUAUGCCGGCGCAUACCAGAAAAACCCUCCCUCGGGCAUGCCACAAAGAAACUACGGCCAAGAUGCACAAGAAGUCACAAUCCGCGACAUCCGCGGUCGAGAAUCAGAAUUCGACAUGAAUGAGAGUGGCUUCGGCGUGGUACAAAACAUCUCCAGCGUGAUGAGAAACGCAGAUUUCAAUUCCGACGAGAAGAUCGAGAAAGCAUAUUACCCUGAAAUUGAGAAAUUGAUUUUGGAAAACGUUCCCGGAGCUGAGAGGGUGUUUAUUUUCGAUCACACGGUCCGAAGAUCUGAUCCCAACGCCCAUCGAGCACCUGUGCGCCAGGCACACAUCGACCAAACGACCAAAUCUGCCAAUGCAAGAGUUGACCACCAUAUGGGAUCGGAAGCCGAAGCAUUGAAGAAUGGUCGUGUGCGACUCAUCAAUGUCUGGCGUCCAUUGAACGGUCCCGUUCUGGCUUCCCCUCUGGCCUACGCGGAUUCGAGAUCUGUUCCUGAUGAAGACAUCGUGCCGAUUGAGCAUAGAUAUCCGGAUCGAAAGGGUGAGAUUGCUGGGGUGAAGUAUACGAGGAAAGGGGAGUGGUAUUUUUGGAGUGGGAUGAGGAAUGACGAGAGGAUUCUUUUGCAAUGUUAUGAUUCGAAGGAUGGGGCGAGGACGCCGCAUUCGGCUUUUACGCAUCCCGAUACGAAGCCGGAGUGGCCUGGGAGGGAGAGUAUUGAGGUUAGGACUUUGGUUUUUGGUUGAGGAUGUACAGUAGUAGCUUGAAGAGGAUACAUGGUAUUUUUACGAUACGAUGGAAUGUGGAAUAUGAUUUAUGAGAG